AUGGGUGCUCGAUUGUUGACUGCGGUCGGUGCCUUAACGUUGGUUGUGGCAUUCGCCCUCCUCAUUGUCACCUGCGCGUCCAUUCCAAACACUAGCUUGCCUCUCCUCACUGUGGAUGCUCACAACGAUCGUAGAGGAGCGACUGGCGGAGAGAUCAGAGUGCAAUUCGGGCUCUGGGGCUGGUGUCAACAUACAAGUGAAGUAUGGGGAACGCACCCGGAAGGCUGUGUCAAAGGCAACGGCACAUCAGGCUACAACCCCGCCGUGGUCAUGCGCGGUCUGAAUGAGGAUUUCCCUUCCUUUAACACGGCCGGCAGCGCGCGAGACUUGACGUUGGGAUUUGUCCUUCCAGCUGUUGCAAUAGCGACGACUGGUGUGGCGAUUAUCCUGGCGAUAGCAUGGUUGAUUAAAGGCAAUCGAAUCAUCUAUAUCGCCAUCUUAACUUUCUCCGUCUUGUCUUUCAUCUUCACCAUCGCCGCUGUGGGCUGCGUGUUUGGAUUUUGCGAAAAGAUACGAAAAGGCACGCCGGCACGGAUUCUUGUGUGGGUAGCCCGUAUUCAAGUUACGAUGUCGACGGUUUUCCAUGUAACGGUUCACGUCCGGCCGAGGGACGUGGCGAGGUUCCUAGAAGCCGCCGAGCCGACGAUAGAGAGGAUGAAGAGGGAGCCUGAGUUGAUGCACUUUGAGAUGUAUCAAGUGCAUGAUUCGCCUGGGACGAUUACGUGGAUUGAGAAAUGGUCCGAGCCCGUAGACUGGAUUAUGAAGCACCAAAUGACAAAAGACUACUACAACGAGUACUUCGACGCGACAGAACCGUUCUACGUCAAACCACGGGAAUUAAGGGUGAUGAGUUCGUUAGGGCCGCGCUACACAUAUCAAAAGACUUAG